AUGGCUUCACUCAAACACAUUUUAUCCCUUGUUCACUUAAUAUUUCUAUCUUGUGCCCUUGCCCAAGAUCUUAUCGAAAUUGAUUGUCAAUGUAAAGAUGGCAAGGUUUUCAAUUGUCCACUUGACAAAGAUUCUGGACCAAGACUCCCUCCAUCUCCAGGGGGUAAUGAACCAAAGCCUCCAUGUCCUCCGGGAGCUCCAUGUCCACCGGGAGCUCCAUGCCCACCUGGAGGAUGCCCGCCGGGAUCUCCAUGUCCCCCAGGAGCUCCUUGUCCUCCUGGAGCGCCAUGCCCACCAGGAGGAUGUCCCGCAAAGCCUCCAUGUCCACCAGGAGCUCCCCCACCUGGAGGAUGCCCCCCGGGAGCUCCAUGCCCACCCGGAGGAUGUCCCCCGGGAGCUCCAUGUCCACCGGGAGAAUGUCCCGCAAAACCUCCAUGUCCACCAGCUGCUCCAUGCCCACCGGGAGGAUGUCCCCCAAAACCUCCAUGUCCACCGGGAGCUCCCCCACCGAGAGGAUGUCCUCCAGGAGCUCCAUGCCCACCGGGAGGAUGUCCCCCAGGAGCUCCAUGCCCACCAGGAAGAUGUCCUCCAGGAGCACCAUGCCCACCAGGAGGAUGUCCCCCAGGAGCUCCUUGUCCCGCAGAGCCUCCAUCACCCUCGGGAGCCCCAUGCCCACCUGGAGGAUGCCCCUCAGGAACUCCUUCUCCCGAAGAGCCUCCAUCUCCCCCGAGAGCUCCAUGCCCACCUGGAGGAUGCCCCCCGAGAGCCCCAUGCCCACCGGGAGGAUGUCCUCCAGGAGCACCAUGCCCACCGGGAAGAUGUCCCCCAGGAGCUCCUAGUCCCGCAGAGCCUCCUUCUCCAUCGGGAGCCCCAUGCCCACCAGGAGGAUGCCCCCCGGGAACACCAUGCACACCGGGAGGAUGUCCCCCAGGAAAACCUUCUCCCGAAGAGCCCCCAUCUCCCCCGGGAGCUCCAUGCCCACCUGGAGGAUGCCCCCCGGGAGCUCCAUGCCCACCGGGAGGAUGUCCCCCGGGAGCUCCAUGCCCACCGGGAGGAUGUCCCCCAGGAGCUCCAUGUCCACCUGGAGGAUGCCCCCCGGGAGCUCCAUGCCCACCGGGAGGAUGCCCUCCGGGAGCUCCAUGCCCACCGGGAGGAUGUCCCCCAGGAGCUCCAUGUCCACCAGGAGGAUGCCCCCCGGGAACUCCAUGCUCACCGGAAGGAUGUCCCCCAGGAAAACCUUCUCCUGAAGAGCCCCCAUCUCCCCCGAGAGCUCCAUGCCCACCUGGAGGAUGCCCCCCGGGAGCUCCAUGCCCACCGGGAGGAUGUCCCCCAGGAGCUCCAUGUCCACCUGGAGGAUGCCCCCCGGGAGCUCCAUGCCCACCGGGAGGAUGCCCCCCGGGAGCUCCAUGCCCACCGGGAGGAUGUCCCCCAAGAGCUCCAUGUCCACCAGGAGGAUGCCCCCCGGGAACUCCAUGCUCACCGGGAGGAUGUCCCCCAGGAAAACCUUCUCCCGAAGAGCCCCCAUCUCCCCCGGGAGCUCCAUGCCCACCUGGAGGAUGCCCCCCGGGAGCUCCAUGCCCACCGGGAGGAUGUCCCCCAGGAGCUCCAUGUCCACCUGGAGGAUGCCCCCCGGGAGCUCCAUGCCCACCGGGAGGAUGUCCUCCAGGAGCUCCAUGUCCCCCAGGAGCUCCAUGUCCACCACCAGAUGUUAAUGAUAAAGGAAACACAGAAUCUGUAACUAUAUAUCCACCAUCAUGUCCUAAUUGCCCGGGAGGCAAUGCUCCUUGUACCCCGGGAGCUCCAUGCCCACCAGGAGGGUGCCCCUCGGGAGGAUGUCCCCCAGGAGCUCCAUGCCCACCGGGAGGAUGCCCCCCAGGAGCUCCAUGUCCACCUGGAGGAUGCUCUCCGGGAGCUCCAUGUCCACCUGGAGGAUGCCCACCAGGAUCUUGUCCUGCAAACCCUUCAUGUCCUCCGGGAGCUCCAUGUCAACCAUCAGAUCCGUCUGGAAACCCAGAUAUCAUUACUCUAUACCCAUCCUCAAAUCCUCAAUGCCCAGGAGGCGAUGAUCCAAAGCCUCCAUGUCCCCCGGAAGGCGAUGACUCAAAGCCUUCGUGUCCAGGUCUCACCGAAAUUGAGUAUCAAUGUAAAGAUGGCAAGCUUAUCGAUUGUCCAGACGUCAAGGAUUUGGGACCUAGACUUCAACCGGUUACUCCAUCUCUAGCGAGCAAAGGUCCAGGUAGCAAAGGAUCCCGAGCAGCAAUGAACUCCAUCAGAUUCUAA